CUCGAUCUUCUAUAUCUCAAUUACACCUACACACUGCACACAAAGAAAACACUGUCCAAAUUUAGAAACAUUGUGUCGAUCAAAAUGUUGAUUCCAAGUAGUGUUAUCGUAGUAUUCUCCCUUCUUCUUGUCGGCUCAUAUGCAUCAGUGCAAGACUUCUGUGUAGCCGAUUUGUCGUUACCUGACACUCCUUCUGGCUUCCCUUGCAAAGAUGCCAAGAAAUUGAGCGUAGCUGAUUUUGUCUUCUCUGGUCUUGGCAAAGCCGGGAACACGAGCAAUAUAAUUAAGGCUGCUGUCACCCCAGCAUUCACUGCCCAGUUUCCAGGUGUGAAUGGGCUUGGGGUAUCUCUAGCUAGGUUAGACCUAGCUGUGGGCGGGGUUAUCCCGAUGCACACUCACCCUGGAGCCUCAGAAGUAUUGGUGGUCAUCCAAGGGACUAUCUGUGCUGGAUUCAUAUCGUCAUCUGCUAAUACCGUCUACUUCAAGACAUUGAACAAAGGAGAUAUUAUGGUAUUCCCACAAGGUCUGCUUCACUUCCAGAUUAACUCUGGUAAGGGUCCAGCUCUCGCAUUUGUUAGCUUCAGUAGUCCAGUGCCCGGGCUCCAGAUCACCGACUUUGCUCUGUUUGCAAAUGAUUUGCCCACAGAGUUGGUGGUAGCCACAACUUUCCUCGAUGCAGCACAAGUUAAGAAGCUCAAGGGUGUUCUUGGUGGCACCCAUUAAAUAGCUAGCUAGUUAGCUCUUGAUUAUCCAGGAAGAUUGAUGUUGUUGGUGGGGCGGUGUUGUCGUUAUCCUUUGUUUGUUUAUUUUGUAAGGUACCCAGCGUUUAGGUGUUUGGUGCUGUUGAUUUAUUUUUAAGAGGUUUCAUUUUGUGUAAGCUUAGGACUCGGUGGUUUUGAAUGUAAGCCAAAAUGAGUGUUACCUAAUUAACUGCUUAUAAGCUUUGGAAUAAUAUUUAAGCAGCAGCAUUGUGGUUGUUUCUUA